CUUGCCUCUCUCCUCCUUGCGCCACGUCAGCAUAGAAGGAGAGGCAAUUGCCGACACGUGUCGUCUAACCAGGCCCUCGCGUUUUUUCCCUUCGGUUCCGUCUGACUUUUAGUGUUAUAGAUAGCUGGGCUUUAAUUUAAUGGAAUUGGUUUGGCCCGUACAUUUGGCCCGUUAGAGAACCAAAAGUGCUUAGGGUUGGUCGUCGACUUCUUCUUCCAGAAGCAACCUCGCCGAAUUCACGAAACCAAACCGUCAAUCCGAACUCUGUAAAAAAAAAAUACCUCUUCGUUUUCCACCGUAACUGGUUCGAGCUUCCCCUGUAAAUGUCUCUCAUUUUUUCGAUGUUGAGUACAAGGCAAACGACUUCGCAAAUGAUUUCCAACAGCAAUUAUUUCCAUAGCCGGGCGAUGCUCUAACACCGCAGAGGUCCGUCUGCUGAGCGCCGUCUACUUAUGCAAAUGAUUUACAAUCAAUUUAAUGAAUAAGUUCCAAGAGAUUUUUUCUUUCGCACACAGCACCGUGUGGAAGGUGUUGUUUGGGAAGGUUGCUGAUUCAAUUGAGAAAGGAACAGAACAUGAAGAUGAGUACAUGAUCAGUGAAAAGGAGCUUCUCGUCAACAGGUUUAGAUUCCUCUAUCUCUUUCCAUAACACAUGCUGUUGCUGCUGCCUGCUAUUUCACACAUGAUGAACUCACUAAGGUGUGGAAAACGAUGGUAAUCCCAUUUUAAGAAUUUCGUUGACAGUAUACUAGCUUGGAGCCCUUUGCAUGCAAUGGCUGCAAAACAAGGUCUACUCUAUCCGUGAAGCUGCAGCAAACAACCUAAAGCGCUUUGCAGAAGAGUUUGGUCCUGAGUGGGCAAUGCAACACUUGGUUCCACAGGUAUUGGACAUGGUCACAAAUCCGCACUAUCUACAUAGGAUGAUGGUUCUACGAGCAAUAUCUCUCAUGGCUCCCGUGAUGGGAUCUGAAAUUACAUGCUCUAAGUUUCUUCCUGUGGUGGCUGAGGCAUCAAAAGACAGAGUUCCAAACGUCAAGUUCAAUGUUGCAAAACUUCUGCAAUCUCUCAUCCCCAUAGUCGACCAAUCAGUGGUGGAGAAAACAAUACUCAGUGUUUGGUGGACCUGAGCGAGGACCCUGAUGUUGAUGUUCGCUAUUUUGCAAACCAAGCGCUUCGUUCCAUUGACGAUGCUGCAGCUGCACAAUCCUAAAUAUAUUUUUUCAAAUGUGUUAGUGAUAUAUAUAUAAUCUUUAAUCCUAUGUGUUCUUUGUUAUUACCUGGUUUGUUUGCGUAAAACACCAUUUUCGAUUGCUGGCUAUGAACUGCAUUUAUAUAUUAGUGAUAUAUAAUCUUUUAAUCCUAUUAUUUGUGUUGUUG